GACUGACUCCUGGGUCUUUUGAAACGGUAGAUUCAAAUGCCGUGCUGUGAAGAUUUUCCAUCUCUUUUAGGCGUACAGCAUAUCGGAAUUUAUUUCUGAAAAUCUGACAUUGUGUAAAAUAAAAAAGGAUUUCAGUGAGCAUGAGUGAUUAGGUGGUUAGAAAAGGAUAUUCUCAGGGGAAGCCUGACAUUGCCAAUGAAAAAUAAAGUUAGAGUGGAGGUAACCAAGGCUAGCUAACAAUGAAUUACAAAAAAUCUGUCUCCCUCUGCUCACUUCAGUCACUGGGAUAGAGGUAGACUGAAUUAUGGGGUCCUGAUUGUGCAGACGACGAUGCAUGGUGUGUUUCACUGCACCAUUGCUUCUUUGUUGACCUCAUUUUGUAAAGCUGAGCAGAUUCUUCCCAAGGCCAAGUGGAAUGAAAAAGACACACUGUCAACAGCAAAACAGGUCAAAGGCAGAAAUGACUGUGAGCACACAAAAUUCAUAUGAAAUAUUCCAGAUAUCAUUUAUUUCACUGGCAGAGACACACUUUUUUUUACUUUUAAUCAAAGAGUCCCUCACGACAUUACUCAUCGUGAUAUUAUAGAUGUCGUUUUGAGAGGCAGAGCUCAAUAUGUGAAACAUAUGAAGUGCGAGGAGUCAUCAGUUUCUCCUUCAGUAUGAGAGAGAUAGUAGUAAAAAGGUCUCUGAUGGAUUGACAUUAUGGUGAGUGGCUGAACUUCUGACAGCUGGCUGCUCUGUUGUGGCGAAUGAGCAGCGGCUCUGUCAGCUGUCGGUGUCAGCAGCAGCCAGUUCUCUCUCUACAGAGGUGUUGAAGCAAAGCAUAACGCACUGAUCAGCUUUAACUCAGCGAGACUGCAGCUGGGAAGCCUUGGAUAGGUCCUCACAGUCAUAAUAUUAAUUUAAAGCUUCCUCUCUCUUUUUUCAAGAUGAAAUAUAAAGAAAAUAUUUCUGUAAGUUAUGUUUGACUGCAGUUAAUGUGCACAUUGUACUGCAGGUUAAGUAAAUAUUUCUCUGAAAGAAGAAUAAAGACUUUGGACUUUGUGUUCAUCUUAUCAGUGGCAGUAGUAUGUAGAUAAAGCUGUAAACCAGCCAAAUUACACUUGUAAAUAUUAAGUGUCACGGCUGAAUUGCACUUCUUUACGCUAAACAAACUCAAGACCCUGAAAAAAUAAAAAUCAUCAUCUUGAAAACACUCAAGGACCUCUCUGAUGAAAAAUAUCCUUCACAAGGAACUGCCACAAUCCAUCAAUGUUCUUGGAGGAGUGUUGCAUAUACUCCACAACAAUCCGUGUCAUCUGGAGAUGUGUGUUGACUCCUGGCCUACAUUCACUACUGCUAUUUGUUACCGUCAAAAUCAGCAUUUCAGCAGCAGUGGAUCUGGGGUGAUUCCUGACACCUGCACCGUCUUCACCAAGAACCCAGAAGCUCCGAGAAGUCUGCUGCUUAAUGAGAGAGUCGUAAACUGGAUGAAUGGACUCAUAUUCAGAGGUAUUCCAAGCUCACAUUGUCAUCUCAUUAAAGAAUUCGCCUCUCUCAGUGGGCUUGAUAUCACAGAAUAUGGAGGUUAUAACACUUUCAUCUGCCACAGCCCGAAGAAUAUGGACUGGCAGGAGAAGGUGUUGCCGCUGCCAAUUUCCAUUCUGGACGAAUCCCACGCAGAGCUCGUCGACACACACUUGCCCAACCAUGUGAGAGCCUGUAUCCGCCAUCUGCCAAACCACUGUGUGACGGACGAGCGCAGCCGGCCUGUGUCCUGGAUGCUGUCAGACAAGCUGUGUGAGCUGAGGAUGGCCUACACCCUACCAGAGUACAGACCGGCAGGUCACCUCCUGGCUCUGAGACGCAGGAUGAUCUCUGAGGGUCUGCCCGUCUACUGCCACGUCAACCGGCAGAACCAGGCCACCAUUAAUGCUGUGACCUCACUCGACUUCUGCACUUAUCCCAGUGCAGAGGUGUUCUCUGUACUGCUCAUAUGCAAGGACAGAGUCUGAGUGAGCCAAACUAACGACAAUAAAAUCUGUCGUAAGGUUGAAACCACACUGGAAAAGAGGUGUUUUAUUGUCAAAGUGGAAAAUGUAGCAAGUGAUCUCCUUGUUCUGUGAUUUCUGUUUCCCUGCGGUACUCGAGGGAUGCUCGCUUUAGAGAGUUUAGUCCAUUUCUGACAGCGAACUGCAAGUAGAGCGAACUCAAAAUAACAUAUUCUGUGGCUUAAGGGUAGAUUUGAUGAAUAUUCCAGCCAUUCUGCCCUUUUUACUGUAAAAAUGUCCCUCAGAUUGAAGUAAUUUUGCAAGGACAACUUCAGUAUGACCCUCUGGCGCGUGCGGAGGAAAAGACCCCCUAAUCUGCAGAUCACCCAAGGAGGCUCUCGUCCACCUGGGACCCCUCCCUGGAGGUGUGCUCUUCCACUGCUGAUUGCCUCACUGUGUUUUAGCAGCAAUGCACCAUUCAAGUCUGCAGGCAUCUUGACAAAUGAGUAGCGAUCUGAGCAGAGGGGAUACUCGUACUGCACCACACAUCCUGUCCCAUUCACAUCCCCCCUGUCCUGCAGUGGUGCACCUCUUUUAACUGACACCUUUUCCUUUCUCUAGAUCUUAAAGCGCUCUUCUCAAAGUCAAACAAGUACCAUAUACACUAAACACAUGCUUGCUGCUGACGCAUGUUCAUACAAAGACACAGCUAGCGAGAGUGAGUAAACACAAGCCUGUACAUUUCUGCUUUAUUGCUGCCUUUUUUACAUUUUUUUAAAUAGAAAAUGUGUUUUGUAUUAUAAACAAAAUUGGACAAACUCACAUGCAAUAUCCUUUCACAUGUAAUACUUAAAAUAAAGAGAGUUUUUCUUUAAUUUUGAAAUAUCAUAAAUGAUCAUAAUUGCAUGUACACUUGUAAACAGAGCUAAAACAAAUUAACAACUAUUUUGAUAAUAAUAAUAAACUUUAUUUGUUAAACACCUUUCAUACAAGAAAUGCUUUACAAUAAGGAAAUCACAUUAUAUGAAUAAACAGAAUUGACGUAAAACAGGGAUAGAGUGCCAUAAUUAAAUUUUAAAAUAUGCUGGAGAAGAAAACACACUUGAUAAUAAUUAAUAGUUAAAAUAAGAUGAAAAUAGAAUACAAAGACCGCAUAACAGGGAAAAUAAAAACCACUGAAUAAUUGAUCAUCUUUCCAGUCACUUUUAAUGCGAAAACGGUAAACAUUUAAUGUUCCAGCUUCUCCAGUGUGAGGAUUUGCUUCUUUUCUAUCAAUGUAAAUUUAAUAUCUUUUAUUUGAAGAAAUGUGAAUUCAUCACCUUUGGUUCUCAGGAACUGUGAUAGGCAUUUUCAUUACUUGACAUUAUAUAGAAUAAAUGAUGAAUAGAUUAAUUGAUGAUCAAAAUAAUGCCUUUUUGCUUGGAAAUUUUGUGUGUUAAAAUCUGUUAAAAUAUACAAGUAUGAUUAACAGCCUGGUAAAGGUUGACUAUGAGGUCAGUAUUCCAGGAUUGAAUGAUUUUCUAAACCUUGCUUUCCAUGCGCACUACUCCAAUAACUGAAGAUUAUUUUUAUCGUUGUCAAAAGAUUUCUGCUUUACAAAUGUGGUCUGCAGAGGUCUUAUAUUGCAAGCUGUCUACUGAAAUAUGAGAUGUCUCACCUACAGCAUCAAUCUAUUUGAGUGCUCAACCUCCAACAGAGGGAAAUAGGCGUAGGACGGUUUUUAAAAGAAACGGCAGCAGGAGCGUUUUAUGCCAGCUGCAUCGGUUGCAGAUCUUUACUCAUCUCAAUGCAGAUUUGUGAGUCAGCUAAGAGGCAAAAAAAAAUCCAGAGUACAUAAAGUACCUGACUGCUGAACUAGUUUUGUGGCUUCAUCAGUAUGUUGCCUGCAACUGCAACCAUCACUUGAGGACAGCAUCCACCCUCUGGUCCUCCUCAGAAACUGCAUCUCAGAACAAGUGAGGAGCAGAGUGUCUGACGCAGCAUGCGAUCAUUCACCUUGGCUGCGAGUGCUGCUCCGACUUGCCUUGGUGCAGCUGUCCACACAGAACCCCCCACCAACACCAUCCACCAUCCACCCCCACUCCCUACCCCCCCUAUAGAGGCAGCAGUGCACUCUGCCAGUCGUGGAGUGGGACGUACUAUCGAUCCUGCUGAAAUGAUGGUUUCUAAAAGGGAGGCAGUAAGCAUGUCUGCGCUCCCCUCCUCCACUGUGGAGGGGC